UACACUACAUUAAAGCCUAUUGGUAUUGCGCUGUGACUCAAAGCAACGUUUAGAAUCAUAACCAAGGUUCCGAAUCCCCAUUUGUUACAACUAUCUGAGGGGUAGCUAUAAGAUAAUAAAAAAAAAGACAACUACACAACUUCCAAGCCACACUAACCAAGCCAGUUGAAGGUUACCGACCUGAUAGAAAUUCACAACUGGGCCAACAGGUUUUAUUUGCAAAAUUUGCACACUGAUUAAUAAUACACAAAACACUCAACAGAACCCUUCGGAAAUAAUUAAUAAGUUUUUUGCUGUUUCAGCUUUUCAUUGCUCACUAUGACCUCUACAUUAAAGCGCACUCUUACGGAUAUCAUGGAAGACGAGCUCUACUCGCUGCCUCAACAAGGCCAGGAUGAUAUUUCGGAGUACAUCAUGUUGAACGGAUCACAAGAGUCUUUCAGACAAGGGGAAGACGAAAACAUAGCCCACAGCGUCCAGGAUCAGGUAUCGGGUUUUGGUUUACCACCGCAUCAGCAGUCUGUUUACGACAAUAUCUACAACUCCUAUGCAAAUCCGAAUCUUUAUGCCAACGUUACCUUCCCUGACGAAUUAUACGACUACGCUCAACUGGACAACUACAGAUACUCCAACGACGAACAUGAAAAUAUCGAUCCGAAAGCAGCCAUGAACACGCCGCAUCAAGAUGUCAAGCCGUCGGAGCCUGAGCAAGAAGUGAUGUUGAUACCUCAAGACGACUACAUAGUGUAUGACCCCGCUCAUACCGAACAGCAAUUUCUGCCGGAAAUCCUGCAGUGGGAAUUCAAUCACAAGUCGUUCCCACAGUCUAACGAGCUGAACAUAUUCAAGACCGACGACGUGUAUUUAGAUGAAGAGUUCAGCGACGAUGACGAGGACGAAGAAGACCAGAACAAGCUGGACGACAUGGAAAUGGAUCUGGACGACUUGAGCAGCGAAAGCAGCUUGGACGAGGAAAACGACAACUACGUGAUGAAGUCUGACGAGUUUCGGGUCUCGAAUACUCCAGAAAACACCGACAGUUCUAUCUACUCGCUAACUACACCGCAAACCAUCAACCCAAGAUUAGUUCAGCAGGACGAUAUCAUGGAUAACAACGCAGCAGUGUUUGAUGAUGACGACGAAAUGGACGAUGACGAAAAGAACUACUCGGAUGCCAGUGAUGAUUUGUACACGCCAGCGUUCGAGCAAAGACGCGAAAGUGUGCUCUCCGAGCGCCGGCCACCAGUGCUCAAGUCCGAAGUCCAGAAGGUUCCAGCUCCGUCGUUGAGAAAAUUGAAAUCGUCGCGUCGGACGGUCACUCCUCCUACGGAGGAAGCAAAAGAAGCAGAGGAGGAAGAGCACGUUUGCUACAUCGCUAAUCCGAAGACGGGAAAGCCAUGUAAUAAGAAAUUCUCAAGACCAUAUGAUCUCGUGAGACACCAGAAUACGAUCCAUGCUCCAAAGCGGUCGUUCUAUCGGUGUAUGUUCUGCGAGGACGAUCUGAGAAGACGCAACAACAUGGAGUCGAACAACGAGAUCGUUUUGAAGCUAAACUACCGGAACACUCCGUUUUCCGUGGAGAAUUCGAACACAAACGUUGCCAACUCGCACAACUCCAAGAAGCUGAAGUCCUCGAUGGACAACGGUGAGUUUCUAAGCAACAAGACGUUCUCUCGGUGCGAUGCUCUCACAAGGCACUUGCGGUUCAGGCACGGUCUGAACAACCAGCAGGUCAACGAUGCCAUGGAUUAUGCGAAGAAGCAUGUUGAGUAUUAUGAGAACUGAUCGGGCCACCGGAAGCAUAUACAUAGCAUGAUAAUUUAUUUAUGAAGAUAAAUGUUGAAUAAAUAUAGCUCAUCG